AAAAGGAACGUCCUUUAAAACUAUACCAAAAAGAAUUAUUUGUCGAAAAAAGGCAAAUAAAUCGGACGCCCUAUUAACGUGCCGUUAUGCUAGAGUUAAUCUCUGAAUGUAUGUGUCAUCGAUCAAAAUACGCAGCAAACGUCAUUCCCCCUUCAUCAUUAAAUAAUCACAUUUGCAUUGUUUACACCCCGAUAUUAGUUUAAUGUUAUUUUUACUCAGAUUCUUUGUGAUAAUUCGUUCAUUAAAAUGAAACGAAAAUUUCAAGUUCCAAAAGCAGACUCUGCUAACACAUACGUAAUAAUUGAAACCGUGGAAAGUGGUGAAAUUUACGUUCAAUUUAUACCACACGUGUGGUUAUUUGCACACAAAAAAAAUGUUGCGAUCAAGCCGCGAGAUACAGCAAAAUUUUAUUUUCCGCGACGUUUGCCUAACCAAACUAAAGACAAAUACAUGAAAUUCACGAAACAUGCAAAAUUUGUGUGCACGGUACCAGAAAACAAUGAUCAAUGGGAUUGUCGCGAGGGCAGAGUAUUAAAAAUUGGCUUAGCUUCAAUUGAAGAAGCUAUAAGUGCCGAGAAAGUGUUCUGUGAGUACUUCAGUACAACCGAAGCCGAAGCUGCAGAGAUUGAGCCUUCGAAACCUAAGCAUCUAAAACGAAACAAAAAAGCACCUGUGAAAACUAUUCAGAGGAAAUUUGAAAGCAGUUCGGAAAGCGAACCUGAAUGUCAACAACCAGUUCAGACGAUAUCCAACUACAAUUCUUGUUUUGGACCAGAUGUACCGAACAAUAUAAUAAUGCAAUCUGUCGAUGCUGAUUCCUUCGUUUCCAACAUGCAAGGUCCAGAAGUGUUUAACUUCGCUGAUUUGCUAACAAACGACAACGAAAAUAUGAUCAAUGCUGAUACACAGUCGCAGCAAACUGCAAAUUUUGUCGUAUUGAAUGACAUCGGCCUACAUGAACCGGACAAGAAUUAUGAGCCAAUGGAACGACAAAUUCUUAAUUUCAACGCAGAAGCAAAUGUGCCAGUUGGUAUUCAGUUGGCUACAUCUAACGAAGCUAGUGACACACGUUGCUGUUCACUUAGUAGCUGUGCUACCAGAAACUAUGUAACAAGAUCGAUUGGUUACACAAAAAAUUCUUCACUGAAUUCAAUUCGAUUCGAAGUGAAAUACUGACCAAUCGCCAACUGUUUUUGGAUUUUGUGACGUCAGAACAAUAUAGAGGCGGGGAGCAGGUCAUUUUUGUGCAAGAUGAGGAAAAGCAACAUGAAUUUGAUCUAACAAACGAUGAAGUGGCAACGUUCGCUGCCACAUAUAAGAGUUGCUUUCCUAUCUCCACCGCCGACUCAUUAUUUGAGUUCAAUUUGAAUGAUGAUGAAAAAUAUAAAAGCUUUGUAAUUUCAAAGCUGGAAAAACUCCAAGGAGAGGACGAAACAAAGACAGCGCGUAAAAUAUUGAAGUCGCUGUGCGAUAUACAAUGUAUGAGCCAGUAUACAUGGGGCGGCACAAAAAAGAAGAAAAGUUUCAACAAAUUGCAUUCGAUCGUGGAAAUGAUCGUCGGUAUUAUGGAGGCGAAAUAUCCUAAGUGUGACGCGAUGGAAAUUUUGAAAGGGGUGGUACAACAACGAACCAAAAGUGCUGCUGAAAAAGUUGAUAAAAUGAACAUAGCCACCGGCACAUCACAUUCGGCACAAUGCAACGAUGUUUCGCAGGCAUUGCUAUCACUGCCAUCGACCGAAAAUAUACAGGCAACAGCAUCAAAAGUAUCUUUUACCAGUGCAUCGCCAUCCACCGAACUGAAUGACUGCCAGCCUAAAUUUGAUAAAAUGAACUAUACCGCCGGCACAUCACAUUCAGCACAAUGCAACGAUGUUUCGCAUCCAUUGCUACCACCGCCAUCCACGGAAAAUAUUCAGGCAACAGUUUCAAAAGUACCUUUGGCCAGUCCACCGAAAUGAACGACUGUCCACCUAUAUCGAGACUGUGAUGUGAACGAAUAAGCUACUAGUCGAGUGAGUUUUUACAUUUAUAUUUGAAACAUUUAAUGAAUUUUACGCUACGUACAUUCAUGAUCAAAGGCAAACAUUUUAUUUUCAUUCUCUUAAUUCUUUACUGCAAAUACAAUUUGAUAUAUAAAUUCGAGGCGACUGAAAGCGACAGUUACUAAUUCGAUGUUAACAAUUGAUAUAAUUCAAUAAUAUAUGACUGUCUGAGCCAUUCUUGAUUAAUUCGUUAAAAAAAAUUAAAGGAAAAAUUCAAAUUAUAAAUUUUUUGGAUAAAUAAAUAUAAUUCAUUAAUA